AUGAUAUUGAAAUGUUAUCCCAAUACCUUUGCCAAAUGUAUUAUUGAUCAUUCUUUUUCCCACAACCAAGCUGACAAUGGUGUCUUAAGACCAUUUCUCCCAUUUUGUCCAGCUACCCAAGUGACAUUCCUGGUAAGCUGGACAGAAAUGGCAUUUUCUAGAGCUGGGGGAGCAAAGAGCCACUGGCCUUAUCAGGGCUCUCCUUGGCCAAGUGAGAGGGACCCCACAUUCUUGUUACAACCAGAGGAGAAGCCUAAAAGUAAUUCCUCCCCAAAUCUGUUUUCUCAACUAGCAAGAUUAAUAGAAUAA